AUGGUUCUCAAGACAGAGCUCUGCCGUCUCAGCGGUGCGAAGAUAUACCCAGGGAAGGGUAUCAGAUUCAUCCGUUCAGACUGUCAGGUAUUCCUUUUCUCGAACUCCAAGUGCAAGCGCUACUUCCACAACCAUCUCAAGCCCGCUAAGCUCACAUGGACGGCCAGGUUCAGGAAGCAGCACAAGAAGGAUAUCCAUGUUGAGGCUGCAAAGAAGAGGCGGCGCACAACUAAAAGGCUGUAUUCCAGGUCUAUUGUCGGUGCUUUUCUUGAUGUCAUCCAGAAGAAGAGAGCUGAGAAGCCUGAGGUCCGUGAUGUAGCCAGGGAAGCAGCUCUCCAUGAGAUCAAGGAGCGCAUCAAGAAGACCAAGAACGAGAAGCGAGCUAAGAAGGUGGUGGUGACGAUGUAUCAGAAAGCUGCCGGGAGAGUCAACGCCCCUAAACCCGGGAAGGCCCCCAAGGUUGGCGGCGGCGGCGGGAAGCGCUAG